AUGGUUGGUCUACUACUUCCAUCGUCUGAUGACGUAAACUGCAAUGUCAACAUUCUACUUCCAACAGCCAAGAGGAAGCCGCAGAUCGUGUCAAGACAGCUGUUUUCCUUGCGCGAUCUUCACUCAAGAGCCGACAAGUCAAUCGAUUGUGACAUUGAGGACAUAGAAUGGCCUCAAAAUGUCAAUCUCGAUCGAGUGACUGGAUCUGCGUGGGCUAUCCUCCUAUCUUGGUACGGAGAGUCAAUCGAGACAGUCUUUGACAUUGCUUUGCCAUCGUCGAGCAUCGAGCAAUGUCCUGGGCUCACAGCCAUAACUGUCCGUGUUGGAGUUGAAGGAGACAUGACUUUGACUGCAUUGCAACACCACACGUUAUCACCCGAUUUGACGGGAUCUCCGACGUCUCAACGCAUCACCGAGGAUGCUGAUCAGGGCUGGCAAUCCCAAUCUUUGCUGAUGGUGCAGUCUGCCGUUGAAGCGGGCGAGCCGCCGAUCUUGGAUGGAACAGAAUUGGACGCCUACGCUAUCACUCUCUGCUGCGAAGUGAGAGACACCUCUCUGCUGGCCAAGAUGACUUUCGAUUCGGCUGUGAUUGACGAGCAAGUUGCAUCGCGAGUUAUGAAUCACUUCGGUCACAUAUUGCGUCAGAUCUGCCGGGCCGAUAUGUCCAUUACGAAGGUCUGCGACCUGGACGCGAUGACUUCUGAAGACCUACGACAAGUCUGGACGUGGAACGCCAAGGCACCCCAGGGGGCGGGAGGAUGCGUUCAUGAUCUGUUGUCCAAGAGCGUUUCUCGAUAUCCCACCAAGACCGCCAUCAGUGCCUGGGAUGGCGAGUUGACCUACGCUGAGUGGGACACGCUCUCGACCCAACUGGCUCAUUGUCUCUUGCAGAAGGGAGUUCGCCCUGGGGAUGUGCUACCCUUGAUUUUGGAGAAGUCAAUGUGGGUGGCAGUCUCUCAGUUUGCUGUCAUGAAGGCUGGUGCAGCGUCGGUUGUGAUCGAUCCUUCGCAGACCAAGGAACGCAUCAAGACGAUGAUCGACAUAGUAGGCCCUGGCCUCGUUCUGUGUUCCCCUUCAACGGCUCCCUUGGCCUCAUCCGUUACAGAACGUGAGCCAUUCGUGGUGUGCAAAGAGUCUGCAUCAGAGUUGUUUGGCCAAAAGCAAGAUGCAGGCUUCGAGACAACAUUGCCCAUCGUUAAGCCCAGCGACCUGCUCUAUGUUGUCUUCACUUCCGGAACCACGGGCAACCCCAAGGGCGCAGCAAUCACACAUUCGAACUUUACAUCGGCAAUCAAGCAUCAGAACAAAUACUUGAAUUUCAAGCCGACAGCAAGAGUCGCAGGAUUCUGCUCGUACGCUUUUGACGUGUCAUGGUCCGAUUACAUCCACACACUCGCCGCAGGAGCUUGCUUUUGUAUACCUUCGGAACACGACAGAAAGCAUGACUUCAUCCAGUACAUGGUCAAAAACAAGGUGACCUUUGUGCAUCUUACGCCAUCGGUAGCCGCUAUUCUAGACCUGGACAAAGUGCCGACACUUGACACUGUUGCGCUCAUUGGCGAAGUCGUAGACUUCGAUAAGCUGCCGCAACUCAGGAACAUCAAGACCACGAUCAUCACAUACGGGCCAGCCGAGUGUACGGUCACCACCACUGGAGUUAUCAACGACGGCAGUACCACCAAGGCUACCAUUGGAUGGGCGCUUGGAUCGACGACCUGGGUUGCCAACCCAGACAAGGACGCGCUUACGCCCGUCGGGUUGAUCGGAGAGUUGCUUCUCGAAGGACCCUUAGUUGGAGCUGGGUAUCUUAACAACCCCGAGAAAACGGCCGCUGCCUUCAUCGAGGAUCCAAAGUGGUUGCUUCGGGGAGGACCAGGGGCGGAGGGGCGCCGCGGACGUCUUUAUCGAACUGGAGACCUGGUGCGGUAUACUUCUGAUGGCGAACUCAUCUACCUCGGAAGGAAAGACACUCAGGUCAAAAUCAACGGGCAGCGUACAGAGCUAGGCGACGUUGAGCACCAUAUUUGUCGAGUCCUGCGUUCGGCCCCAGCUGUGGCAGAUAUUGUCGCCGAAGUCGUCACGCCAAAGGCUACCCAACGCCCUAUUUUGGUGGCAUUUCUACUCAUGCCCACAACAAGCCCAGAAGGCUUGAUGGAGAAAGCUGGUCCGAUCAGCGAACUUAUCCAAGCAGAAAUGCCCAACCAAGUCCCACCUCACAUGGUACCAAGUGUCUACAUCCCAAUGACCGACCUGCCCAGGGGGUUGACGGGAAAGACAGACCGAAGAGCACUCCGCGAGAUGGGUGCCAAUUUGAACCGCAAGGAACUUACAUCAUUCUUUGGUGACAUUCCUUCACAGCACAUCGAGCCCACGACUGAGGCAGAGAUGCAGCUAAGGGACCUUUGGGAGUCAGUUCUUCAUAUCCCGGCAAGCGACAUCGGAGCGCAGGACAACUUCCUUCGUCUUGGCGGUGAUUCCAUCGCGGCCAUACGACUAGCGACUGAUAUUGGCCGCAAGGGAAUGUGGUUGACGGUCCCGGACAUCUACAGUCAUCCACAGCUCAGUGAGAUGGCCAAGCUCAUGUCAAGAACCGAGGCAACAGUUCCGGAAGCCGUGCGGCCGUUUUCCUUGCUGAAAGCCGAGAUGGGUAGGGACGAGGCGUGUCGACAAUUAGCAGAGCUUUGCUCCGUCGGCUCUUGGCACGUGAAGCCUUCACAGGUCGAAGAUGCAUUCCCCUGCACGGCGCUUCAGGAGGGUCUUUUGGCAAUGACUAUGAGGAGCUCGGGUAAAUACGUCGGUCACCAGGUUUCUGAGCUGAAGCCAGAGACCGACAUCGAGAAGCUCCAGCAGGCGUGGCAAAAGGUGUCUGAAAGAGCUUCCGUGCUUCGAACUCGCAUCGUCGACCUACCGGGUCAAGGCCUGAUACAGGUUGUUCUCGAUGAGGCAUUGCAGUGGCAGAUCCUCUCGUCCUGGAAUGAGUACCAUGAGAGCAAAAACAACACCGAGAAGGACUCUAUUGGUCUCGGCAACCCCUUAACACAUCUCGCGAUCAUACAAGACGAACUUGCAAAAAAGAAAUGGCUGGCUUUGACGCACCACCAUGCGACUUACGAUGGCUGGUCCGUUCCACAGCUACAGGCCGAGGUGGAGAAGGCGUACAAUGAUGAGCAAGCCGAGCUGUCUUCCAUUCCCAUGCAAAGCUUCGUAAAGUACGUCAUGAACCAACACAACGAAGACGGGACGGCCUUCUGGAAGCGACAAUUUGCUGGGAUCGAAGCAUCUUCAUUUCCUGUCCUCCCCUCCAAAACGUACCAGCCAAAGCCAGAUAAGAUCAUCAAUCAUUCCAUCAACAGCAUUCGCUGGCCCAACUGCGGUGUCACCGCCUCAUCUUCCCUUCGUACGGCGUGGGCAACGCUCAUCUCCUGGUACGUGGAUUCUUCAGACGUAACGUUUGGAGCUGUUGUGUCGGGUCGUCAAGCCCCCGUGCCUGGAAUUGAAGACGUUGCGGGCCCCACGAUCGCCACUGUCCCACUCCGGGUCCUAGUCCGCGGAACUGUCGAAGAGUUGUUGCAUCAGGUGCAAGAACAGGCAAUGGAGAUGAUCCCCUUUGAACAGUAUGGCUUGCAGCAUGUUCGGCAGAUCAGCGAGGAAGCCAAGUACGCCUGUGAUUUCCAAACACUUCUCCUGGUUCACCCAUCGACUGAGGAAAACACGAUGGAGAGUGCGAUCUUUCAAGAUGACCUGAACGAUCAAGAGACGGGUUCUGGCUCGGAAAACACAUAUGCCAUGAUGCUUACCUGCCAAACAUCGGGCUCAAAGCUUAGUGUGCAACUGAGCUUCGACUCCAAUGUUAUUCAAGAAGACGCCGCGGCGCGGAUCCUUCAGCAGCUCGAGCACAUUCUACAUCAAAUCGCCUCUGUUGAUGGAUCUACCGACAUCAAUGAUCUCAGCAGAGUCAGCGAGCGUGACUUGCUUGACGUGUGGAAAUGGAACGCAACCGUCCCAGAAAGUGUUGAGGACUGUGUCCACCACGUCUUUGCUCAAAGGGUCGUCGAAACUCCUGAGGCACCAGCCAUAUACGCAUGGGACGGCCAGCUCACAUAUGCUCAACUCAAUCGAUUUUCUACACUGCUGGCGGGCCAUCUCCUCAGCUUGGGGCUGGGAGUCGGACCCGGUGCCAUCAUCCCGCUGUGCUUUGAGAAGUCAGUGUGGAUGCCAGUCGCAAUCUUCGCAGUCAUGAAGACCGGUGCGGCGUCUGUUGCUUUAGACACGACAAUGCCUCGCUCCCGAUUAGAGAGCAUUGUGAGUCAGCUUUCGGCCAAGUUGAUCUUGAGCUCGAAGUCUUGUGCAAAGCUUGCGGCCGACAUCACUGAUGCCCCAAUCGUGGAAGUGGGAGGUGAUUUGAACAACUUCGAGAACUUGUUUCAAGCCAUUUUCUCUCCCAAAAUGCCGACAGUCGACCCAUCAUCCGCUCUGUAUAUCGUCUUCACGUCUGGUAGCACAGGCGCUCCGAAAGGGGCGACUGUCACACAUGCCAACUUCUGCAGCGCCAUCCGAUACCACCAAUCAGAGCUCGGGUUCGAAAGAUCGUCGAGAGUUUUCGAUUACACCUCGUACGCCUUCGACGUUGCGUGGUCUAAUGUGCUGCACACGCUGACCGUGGGCGCAUGUUUUUGUAUUCCCUCAGAGGACGAGCGCACCGCCGACAUCAAUGGCUCCAUCAGCCGGUUGCAAGCAAAUUUCAUCCAUCUCACACCAACCGUUGGACGUUUGCUGGAUCCUGUGGCCUUGAGCAGCCUGAAGAAGGUUUUGUUCAUCGGUGAGGCGCUCAAGGCCAGCGACGUCGCUCGAUGGGAGGCUUCCAGUGCCGAGAUCUACAACACAUAUGGCCCUGCCGAGUGUACCGUCACGAGCACAGUCGAGAGGGUCCGAAAACCUGAGCCUGAUGGCAGACCACCUGGUGACCCCGGUAUUGGCAAAGGCACCGGCUGUCUGGUUUGGGUUGUCCAGCCUCGGGCCCCUGACAGGUUGGCUGCCAUCGGGACUAUUGGAGAGUUGUGGCUUGAGGGGCCGAUCGUGGGUGCUGGCUAUUUGAACAAUCCCGAGAAGACAGCCGGCGCAUUUAUCGACGAUCCCAAAUGGCUGGUGGAUGGAGUUCCUGAACGAGUGUCUGGUCGCCGUGGACGACUUUACAGAACAGGUGAUCUCGUUUACUACACCCCAGACGGCUCUCUCGGAUUCGUUGGGCGGAACGAUACCCAAGUCAAGAUCAACGGCCAGCGAAUGGAGUUAGGAGAAGUCGAAUACCACGUUCGUCAAAUUCUUCCAACCAAGGCAGUGCCGCAGGUUGUGGUCGACGUGAUCAUCCCAGACGCUACUCAGACACAGACUCUAGCGGUGUUCUUGGUCAUGCCCGACGAAGACGUCGAUGAAGCUGCGUUGAAAGAGACAACUGGCCCGAUGAUAGCAAACCUUCGCAAGGAGCUGUCGAAAUUGCUUCCCUCGUACAUGGUUCCCGGCGCGUACGUUCCUAUCCCCUUCGCAAAGCUCCCCAUGACAGCGACAGGGAAAACAGAUCGAAAGGGAGUUCGCGAGCUAGGCAGAGCCUACAGCCCACCGGCGCCUUCUCCAUCAGACGUGUCAGUAUUCGAGUCUGCCUUCACUGCCACCGAAGAAACCUUACGGGAUAUCUGGGCUCGGGUACUCGACAUCAAGCCUGAUCUCAUCGCUGCCAACCAUACGUUCGCCGAGGUUGGGGGUGAUUCCAUCAAGACCAUGUCGCUGGCUAUGACGAUACGCAAGCGAUUCGACAUCAACAUUGGCGUACCUCGUUUGGUCCAGCAGCAAAAUAGCUUGCGUGAACUUGCCGCUUUCAUCGACAAUCUCUCUCGCGGCCAGUCGGUUGAGGAGCUGGUGCAACCCACCCCGACUGAUCUAGAACGAGAAAUAGACUUGCUCGUUAGCAAAAUUGAAGUUGACCGCGCUGCUGUUGGAUCAACAGUAUUUCUCACUGGGUCCACCGGAUUUCUUGGAACCCAGAUUCUUCAAUCAACACUCACGAGGCGCGCAUUCAAUAGAGUCGUGCUACUUGUCCGCGGCCUAGACGAACAAAGGGGUUUGGACAGGGUGAUGAAGACGGCCAAGAUCGCUGGGUGGUGGAAGGAAUCGUUCACUUCUGCAAUUGAGGUCUGGGACGGAGAUCUCUCAGCCGAAAGGCUCGGAUUGAACGAUUCGCAAUGGAGCGCUUUGUGCGGUCGUCCUAGCGUACAUGGUACCAUCAACGCCAUCAUCCACAACGGUGCCAGAGUGCAUUGGACCACGAACUACGACGGGCUGAAAGAUGUCAACGUCGGCUCUACGGUGCAGCUUCUACAGGCAGCAAUGGCAUCUCCGUUCCUGAAGAGCUUUGUGUACGUCUCGGGUGGUCUCAUCACGGAUAGCCGAACCUGGACGGAGGAAGAGGCAAAGAUGGCCAACGGAUACGACCAGACAAAAUACGUGUCGGAGAGACUGGUCAGCGCUGCGGCCACUCAAUUCCGCAAACCGGAUACGACAUUUGCGGUCGUCAAACCGGGGCAGAUCAUUGGGGAUGUGUAUCAAGGUGUUGCGAAUGCGGACGACUUCUUGUGGAGGGUCGUGAUGGGCGCGGUCAGGCUUGGAGCUCGCCCAGUCGACUCGGAGGCAUCUUGGCUGUCGGUGUCGGAUGUUCGCCACGUCACGGAGUCCAUUCUUUGGCAUGCAACUGGUAAAACUCGCGAGCAUUUCGUCCACAUUAAGAGAGGAGUCUGGGUCAACGACUUUUGGGCCGCCGUCGAAGAUCAACUACAGCUUCAGCUACGGCCGGUCUCGUGGAGCGAGUGGACUGAGCUUGCUAGGCAGGAUAUGGCACAAGAACAGGAACAGCACCCAUUAUGGCCAGUGCAGCAGUUCCUGGGCGCUCUCGGUACAAAGAUUGAAGUCACAGAUCAUGAGAGCUACGAGUGGGAGAUGCGGGAGGUGCUUGCGGCUGCGCGUCAGAACAUUGAGUACCUUCGCGGUCAGGGUUUCUUGGGAAACAAUGACGGGAAGCCGAAGGAUAGAAAGAUCAUGACGAGGACUCGGGAUGUACGAAGAGUGGGUAUGAAAGUGGUGAGGGCCUGA